GCCAAAAUGAAGGGUUUUAGUUUGAGCAGCUUUCUUCUCAUGCGGAAUCUUAAAACCCUCCCGUCGAUGUUGGCACAAACACACCCAUAGAGUAACCGCAACUUCAGUACUUUCAUUUCUCAUUCGAUGAGGGCCCUUCUCCCGAAUCACCUCUUGCAUUUGUCACGUUCUCAAGCUCGCACGCUUCUGGUUCGGUUUCAAGCGUGCGAGCUGUCAUCAUCAUCUUCUUCUCCUCCUCAUAACUCCCGAGACGUGAGGGUUUCGGUGUGGUGGGAUUUCAAGAGCUGCGCGGUGCCUGAUGACAUGGAUGCUUCCAAGGUUGCGCCGGCAAUCGCGCAGGCGGUGAGGGCCAACGGGAUCAAAGGUCCAAUUCACAUCAACGCUUUCGGGGAUGUUAGCUCCCUCUCCAAGCGCCAACUCCAGGCACUCGCUUCAACCGGCAUUCAAUUCACCCACUUUCCUCAUGGUGCAAUAAAUUGUUUCAACAUUCUGGUUGAUAUCAUGUUUUGGGUAUCACAAAAUCCUCCACCUGCACAUCUCUUCCUGAUAUCUAGUGAUAGAGAUUUUGACUGCUUACUACACCGGUUAAGAAUGAAUAAUUACAAUAUUUUGCUUGCUGGCUCAAGGAAUGCUCCUGGUUUUCUCUCCACCGCAGCAACUAUAAUGUGGCAAUGGUAUAAAUUGCUUAAGGGAGAAAAUCUAAUGGGAAAACAUGUCAACCAUCCUCCUGAUGGUCCAUAUGGUUCUUGGUAUGGAAACUUUAGGGUGCCACUUGAAAACCCUUCCCCAGCUACCGAGCACUCUACAUCUUUAGAAGAUGUGGAGAUCUAUGAACCUUCCUUAGACUUAAAGUUGGGUGAAGUUCCAAAGUCAGUUGUACAGAAAGUUAAGCACAUAUUGACUUCACAUUCAAAAGGGAUCUCCAUUACAGAUCUUCAUGCAGACUUGGCAAAAUGUGAUGUGCAUUUGGAUCAAAAUUUAUAUGGAUUUCAAAGCGUUUCAUGCUUCCUAUUAUCAAUCCCACACGUACAGCUCCAGCCUUUAGGGGAUGGAAAUUUUUGUGUAUGUUUGGUCCCCUCAGGGUCCCCUGAACCUUUUGACAGCAGUGUUGUCCCAUCAGCUUCAUCUGUUGUUAAGAACGAGGAGAGGGGUUAUGAAAAUGAGACUCCCUCAAUUUCCACAGUCCAUGCAAGGAGUAUGAAUGAUGAUUCAACAUCAUUCCAACCAGUCCCUCCCCAAGUCAAAACCAUUGGUGAAUAUGUGAAUAGUAAAUCAUCCUUUCCUUCGUUGGUUGAAAGACAUGAAUUUCAGCCCCAAAAUGAGUUGCAGAAAUCUUCUCUGGCUAGUGAGAAGAUUGUGGAUGUGGCUAAUGCACAACUACCUGAGAUUCAACAGCCAUCCAAGGAAAUCAAGUUUUCCAAAACUAAGACAAGUUCCUUUAAAUCUAGAUCUAAAAAGUCAUCUGACAAUGACAAUGUUAAGUUUGAGGAUGCAAGUCAUACAAUUGUAGAAAAACAUACCACUUCAGGGAAUCACCAUGCUAGAAAUGAUCACAAAACAAUGGAAAACAAUGGUGUUGCAAACUAUGAAUUGGGAAAUUGUAAAGCAAAGAACAACUAUGAGAGUCCAACUAGAAAGAAGGCUGAUGAAGUUUGUUGCAGCCCAUAUUCUCCACCAGUUGAUGACCUUCUGGUUGACAAAAGACUCAGUGGAAUUGCUGAAACUUAUAACAAAAGGCCAACAUUCUUUAGCUGGACUAGAAGUUGGUGGUCAUUCUGGAAAAGCAAUGCAAAGUCUGAUGAUUUGGAAGCUCAUCAGAACAAGGUGGCUAGUCAGUUGGAGGAUCCUAAGGUAUCUGAAGUGGACCAGACUGUCAGUCAUUUUGAAGAACCCAAGUUAUCAGAACUGGACCAGAAUGUUAUUUGUUCUGGAAAGGUUGAGUUGAUUUCUAGUGGUUCCUUUUGGAAGGACUUGGAAUCUUUUAUUUUCUCGCCCGAAGGAUCACUUCUUGUUUCCCAGUCAAAAAACAGGGAGGAAAUGGCACAUAAAUUACAAAAUGAUGGACCCCUGGUUCUUAGAUCUCUCUCUCAAAAAGAUAUCAUUCAAUUGGUGGAAUUGUUAAUAGCAGAGAGAAAGUUGUUGGUGGAGAUCCCUUCCCAUGGUUCAAAAUCAAAUGGCUUGAGAUCUGUCUUUAUGAGCAGAGCAUCACAGUCAAAGUUGCCGAAUUCAUCUGAACAUGAUAUGGAAAAACAAAAUCAGAGUAUUCCUCAUACUAGAGUUUCCACAACUUCCACUGAAAUGAAAUAUAAUGAGAGGUCUAGAAAUGAUAUAUUAGAAGACUUGCAGCAACUUGUGAAUGAGAUAUUGAGGGACCACCCAAAGGGAUAUAAUAUAUGUUCUUUCCGAAGAAUAUUUCUUCUUAGGUAUGGUUAUUAUCUUGAUAUAGAGAAGCUUGGUCAUCAAAAGUUGUCAUCCUUACUACAGGUAAUGCCUGGAGUUAAAUCAGAGUCCAAUUAUAUUUUUCCAUCUGUUCCUGCUGUUAGUGCUUCUGAUGGGGAAACUUCUAUCCUCAAAACUCAAAUAACCAAUGCUACUCAUGCAGUCUUGAACUCAGAUAAUGAAAUAUCUGAUUCAGCACUAAAAGAUGAUAAAAUGGAAUCUCUGUUGGAGGAAUUAGGUUCUGUUUCUGUCAUGAAUUCCAAUCAGAGUGAUCUCGAUUUAAAACUAGGUACAGUUCCACAAUCAAUUAUAAGACAGAUUAGGUGUAUAUUGAGAUCACAUCCAAAAGGAAUCUCGAUUACAGGUCUUCGUGAAGAGUUGAAAAAAUCCAAUGUGUGUUUCUAUCAAAGCUUUUAUGGAUAUAAAACAUUUUCUCGCUUUCUAUCAUCAAUACCACAUGUACAGCUCCAGCCUUUAGGUCAUGGUAAAUUUUGUGUACAUUUGGUUUCCUUAGAAUCCCCUGAAACUUUUGAGAGCAAUGAUGUACAAUCAAUAACAUCUGCUGCUAAGAUUGAUGAGAGCAAUGCAAAGUCUGAUGAUUUGGCUGCUCAUCAGAACAAUGUGGUUAGUCACUUGGAGGAUUCUAUGUUAUCUGAAGUGGACCAGAUUGUUGGUGAUUUAGAAGAAACCAAGUUAUCAGAACUGGACCAGAAUGUUAUUUGUUCUGGAAAACCUGAGUUGUUUACUAGCAGUUCAUUUUGGGAUGACAUGGAAUCUUUUAUUUUCACGCUCAAAGGAUCACUUAUUGUUUCCCAGUCAAAAAACAGGGAGGAUAUGGCACAUAAAUUACAAAAGGAUGGACCUCUUGUUCUUAGAUCUCUCACUCAAAAAGAUAUCCUUCAAUUGGUGGAAUUGUUAAUAUCAGAGAAAAAGUGGUUGGAGGAAAGCCUCUCCCAAACAUUUCCUUUUAGGCUAAUUCAACCUGUUCAGAAGAACUCAUUGAUGGGCCGAUCUCAUGGUGCAAAUGGCUUGAGCUCUCUCUUUCUGAGCAGAGCAACACAGUCCAACUUACAAACAUCAUUUGAACAUGAUGUGGAGAAACACAAUCAAAGUAUUCCUCGUACUAGAGUUUCUGCAACUGCCACUGAGACGAAAUAUACAGAGAGGUCUAGAAAUGAUGUAUUAGAGGAUUGUCAGAAACUUGUAAGUGAGAUAUUGAGGGAGCACCCAGAGGGGUAUAAGAUCAGUUCUUAUCCAAGAUUGUUUGUUGAUAGGUAUGGCUAUCAUCUUGAUUUUCAGAAACUUGGUUACCAAAAGUUGGCACCCUUGCUACAGAUAAUGCCAGAAGUUAAAGUAGAGUCCACUUAUAUUUUUCCUUCUGUUCCUGCUGUUAGUGCUUCUGAUGGAGAAUCUUUUAUCCUCCAAACUCAAGUAAACAAUGCCAGCCAUGCUCAUCAUGCAGUCUUGAACCCAGAUAGUGAAUUAUCUGAUUCAGCCCUGGAAGAUGAUAACAUGGAAUCUCCAUGGCAGAAAUUAGGUUACAACCAGAGUAAUAUGGAGUCAAAAUUAAGUCAGAAAGCUGAAGAACUUGAUACACCAAAGCUUCCUGAUUAUGAACCCAUAGUCUCAGAUUAUGACUCUUCUGAAUCUGAAGGAGAUUCUCAACCUGAAAAGCAAGGAAAACUAAAAUGUAAUAAGCAUGACAUUUCUCUUUGGCAAGCUCUGGAUUUGUGGCACAACAAGAAGGAAGGAGAGAAUAGUGUCAAAAAGCCAGACAAUGUUGGCCACUUGAACAAGACUUUGGUGGCUGAUAUUUUAAAUUCAUCUGCCAAGUCUACCCGGGGUACCUAGGGAAUUACCAGCAAAGAUCUCAAAAAAACUAGUUUGUUGCUGACCCAGAAUUCAUACCUGACAAAGACAGGCUGGUUGAUGGGAUGUUAAAUGGCCUCAAGAAAGCAGAUGAGUAAAAAAUCCAAAAUUGAGGAGUUGCUAGUGUGAACUGGACCUGGGACCUGGGUCCUAGUCUCCUAGAAUUCCAUAAAUUGGGAUUCUCAUCAUUCAAGAUUACACAGAUAGGAAAUAUAGAACUAGUGAUAUAGUUCUUUAUAUCAGUGAAUUGCAGUUUUAGGUGAGUGUGAUAUAGUUCUUUAUACUGCUUGUCUUUGGUUUUCUAUAGGCCUUUUCUUUAGCAUGUAAAUGGAGAAGUAAUAAUUAGUUACUUUUAAAAUUUACGUUA